CGUUUUCGCCAACAGCCAACAUGGCGGGCGGAAGCCGCACCUGGAUGGGAUUGGCAGCGCCGCCCGCACUCAAGAUGGCGGCGAUCACCAUGCGGCUGCCGGUGCCCCGCAAACUGGUGGGGCCCAGCGCUUCCCGGGGCGGCGAGAAGCACCUGGUGGCGCCGGGGGACACGAUCACCACGGACACGGGUUACAUGAGGGGCCACGGCACCUACGUGGAGGACGAGAAGCUCAUCGCCUCAGUGGCCGGCGCCGUGGAGAGGGUGAACAAGCUGGUGUGUGUCAGAGCGCUGAAGACCAGGUACAAUGGCGAAGUUGGCGAUAUUGUGGUCGGGAGGAUCACGGAGGUUCAGCAGAAGCGAUGGAAAGUGGAAACCAACUCCAGGCUGGAUUCAGUCCUCUUGCUGUCCUCUAUGAACUUACCUGGGGGGGAACUGAGGAGGAGAUCAGCAGAAGAUGAGCUUGCAAUGAGGGACUAUCUGCAGGAAGGAGACCUCAUCAGCGCAGAGGUCCAGUCUGUAUUUUCUGAUGGAGCUGUGUCACUGCACACCCGGAGUCUGAAGUACGGGAAGCUUGGCCAGGGCGUGCUCGUUCAGGUCUCGCCCUCCCUCGUGAAACGCCAGAAGACUCACUUCCACGACUUGCCCUGUGGUGCAUCUGUGAUCCUCGGCAACAACGGCUUCAUCUGGAUCUACCCAACUCCAGAGCAGAAAGAUGAAGAGGCAGGAGGCUUCACCCACAACUUGGAGCCAGUUCCCUUGUCUGACCGGGAGGUGAUAUCACGACUCCGAAACUGCAUUGUGGCUCUGGCUACUCAGAAGUUGAUGCUCUUUGACACCAGCAUCCUGUAUUGCUAUGAAGCGUCCCUUCCUCAUCAGAUCAAAGACAUUCUCAAACCAGAGGUGAUGGAGGAGAUCGUUCUGGAAACGCGACAGAGGUUGCUGGAUCUGGAGGGAUAGGACACGUGGCCAGAAGCAACCAUUUGAAGUCCUGGCGUGGCAGCUCUUGAUUCUCAGUGUUUUUUUUUUCAGUGUUCUAGUCCCCAACAUUCAUUCCGCACUUCAGAAACCACCAAAAUUCCUCAUUUUAACUCCUAGGAUACCUCCUGAGUCCUUUUAGUACAAUAGUACUAAAUAGUACUUGACUACAAUAGCCUUUUAGUACAGCAGCCUGAAAAAUUGAUGUCUGACCUGUAUGAAGAUGCAGAUGCAACUGGGACGUAUCCCACAGCACUUGUUGCUGUGUCUAGUGCCCCUGAACUUUGUGCAGAAUGACAGAGAAGAAGCGAUGUUUCUCCCUCCCUUAAGGCUUUCUAAAUGGUUUUGAUUUUCCUUUACUGUGAUACAGAUCUGCCAGUCUGUCCUCUGACUGAGAGCUUGUGUUUUUGGGACUGUAGAUCACAGGUACAAGUCUUUAGAGGACAGGAGAGUAUCCACACCUUUGCUAACCACAUUUUGGGUCUGGCUGUUCAUGUCUCAAGCGUAUGAGGUUGGAUGUGGCACCAUGUGGCUGGCCACAUGAGCCAGGAGCUGUGGGCGAGCGGUGUCUGUUCAGUCUGUGUGCAUCCUACUGGUCCUUUGUUUUUUAUGCCUGAUGAGUGAGCUUCUCCCCUGAGGAGGCUCCAGUGUUGUUUUCUAUGAAAUAUUUUACAUUUCAAUAAAUUUUUUGAAACAGA